CCUGCUGCUGUUUCCACCAGGACUUUUGCAGAACCUUAUUUUUGUUGUCUGUGACGCCGCUGCAGGAGGGAAGAUGGUGCGCAAGCUGAAAUUCCACGAGCAGAAGCUCCUGAAGAAGCUGGAUCUGGUGAACUGGGAGGCCGCCUCUGGGAACCUUGCCGAGCUGCGAGUGCUCCGCCGCUUCCGCUUGCAGCGCAGGGAGGACUACACCCGCUACAACCAGCUGAGCCGCGCGGUUCGGGAGCUGGCCCGCCGCAUUAGGGACCUCGGCGAAGCGCCAGAGUCGGCGGCUUUCCGGGCUCGGAGCACUGCCGCUCUCCUAGAGAAGCUCUAUGCCAUGGGGUUGGUGGCCUCCAAGAGCUCUCUGGAGCUGUGCGACCGAGUCUCGGCUUCCUCCUUCUGUCGCCGCCGCCUGCCUUGCCUGCUCCUGAAGCUCCGUAUGGCCCAGAACUUGAAAUCGGCCGUCACCUUUGUGGAGCAGGGGCACGUGCGGGUUGGGCCCGAGGUCGUGACGGACCCGGCCUUCUUGGUGACUCGGGCGAUGGAGGACUUCAUCACCUGGACCGACUCCUCUCGCAUCCGCCAGCAUGUGCUCAACUACAAUCAGGAACGGGAUGAUUUUGAUUUGGCUUGCUGAUUUGUUUAUUUUUUAAAGUGGGGGCACCCUUUCCCAACUUGUCACCCUUUCUUAUUUAUAAAAUUUGCACGCUGCCCUUCAUCCGAAGAUCACAGGGCAGUUCCCAACAUAAUGAGAACACAAAAUACAGAAUAAAACAAAAAGAUCUAUCUCUUGUGCAAUCCUUGUGGACCACAGGGGGAGCUAGGCCUGGAAUGCUUAGCCCAGAUAAUCUCCAAAGGCCCCAUCAUUUUCCCCACUUGGCAGUUAAUGCCCUGAUUAAUGUAGUU